UAAGGACUCCGAAACUUGUGCAUAAUUUGAAAAUUCUAACUUAAUUCACACCCUAACUGCCUACAAAGAGCACCUGCGCGCAUAAUACUCUGUAACUUCACAAAUACUCUCUGCUUCCGGCCUUCUCCAGUACUCCAAUGAAGCUUCUGAGCCGCAACUUACACCUUGGUGCGAUUCUUCUCUUUUCUACAAGCCUACUAUGCUUCCAACCUACCACUGCUGCUGCAGCCGCUCCAACGAACGAGACUGAUCGUUUGGCUUUGCUCAAGUUCAGAGAAGGGAUAACCAAUGACCCAUCUAAUAUUUUCACCUCCUGGAAUCAUUCUAUCCACUUCUGCAACUGGCAGGGAAUUACAUGUGGCCUUAGGCAUCAAAGAGUUACGGCCUUGGACCUAACUGCCAAUUCCUUAAGUGGAUCCAUAUCACCAUACAUUGGCAACCUCAGCUUUCUUAGGGUGCUCAACCUCUCAGACAACUUCUUACACGGCAAAAUUCCACAAGAAGUCACUCAUCUGUUUCGGCUGCGACUUCUCGGUCUUAGCAAUAACUCGUUGACAGGGGAAAUUCCAAGCAACUUCACCAACUGUCCUCAACUCAGAUUGCUGCUUUUUUUUAAGAAUAAACUCACUGGGAAUAUUCCUGUUGAGCUGGGCUCUUUGUUGAAGCUUGUAAUACUUGAAGUUUUCGAAAAUAAUUUGACAGGAGGCAUUCCACCCUCUUUGGGGAAUAUUUCUUCGCUCCAAGCACUCGACUUUUCGUUUAAUAAUUUUGUGGGCAAUAUUCCUGAUGAAAUAGGUCAUUUGCAAAGGCUAAUUUACUUCGGAGUUGCCGGCAACAAAAUGUUUGGUAUGUUCCCUUAUUCCCUUUACAAUAUAUCAACUUUGAUGCACAUUUAUGCUGGAGGUAACCGACUUAAUGGCACUCUUCCAGCCAACAUAGGCCUCACUCUCCCUAAUCUCCAAGUUUUUUCCAUCCAAUCCAACAAAUUCUCUGGUCCCAUCCCAGUUUCACUAUCCAAUUUCUCUCAGCUGGAAUUACUUGGUCUCCAAGAAAACAAUUUUGUGGGACAAGUUCCAACUGAUCUAGGAAACCUGCUAAAUGUCCAGUGGCUAUAUGUUGGCGGAAAUAAUCUUGGAGGUAAUUCAGCCAAGGACUUGGAUUUCUUAACAUCUUUAAAAAACUGCACCAAUCUGCAAAGACUAGAAUUUUCUUAUAACAAUUUUGGAGGUAGUUUACCUGAUUCUAUAGGAAAUUUGUCGAAGCAACUCAACUUUUUGUAUAUUGGUGGCAAUCAAAUAUCUGGAAUUAUUCCUGCAGCACUAGAGAAUCUCAUCAACUUAAUUUCCCUCAGCAUGCCGGAAAACCUGUUCACGGGCACCAUUCCCACUUCUUUUGGGAAGUUACAAAACCUGCAACAAUUGAUUUUGUCUGGAAACAGAUUGUCGGGGCACAUACCAUCCUCUCUAGGCAACCUCACUCAAUUGGUCGAACUUUACAUAUAUCAAAACAAAUUUGAAGGAAGCAUUCCAUCAAGUUUUGGAAACUGCAAAAGGUUGCAGAUCUUAUCGAUUGUAGAAAAUAACCUUAGUGGUGCCAUACCCAAUACGAGUCUUCCUUCCCAAUUAUUAAGGCUCUACUUAUCAAAAAACUCAUUAACGGGCAUCCUACCUAUGGAAGUAGGCAAUUUGAAAAAUGUUUUUGAAUUGGAUUUCUCUGAAAACAAUUUGUUUGGUGAGAUUCCUACAGCCAUUGGAGAUUGCUUGAGUUUGCAGAACAUUUACCUACAGGGUAAUUCAUUCGAAGGAAACUUACCUCCAUCACUGGCUUCCUUAAAAGACCUUCGCUAUGUAGAUCUUUCACGAAACAAUUUGUCGGGAUUAAUUCCUAAAGAUAUACAGAAAGUUUCCGGUCUUCUAUAUUUGAAUAUUUCCUUUAAUGAUUUGGUGGGCGAAGUACCGACCAAAGGAGUCUUCCAAAAUGCAAGCGCAAUAUCAGUGAUAGGAAAUAAGAAACUUUGCGGAGGUAUUCCAGAACUGCAACUACAAGCAUGCGAUGACGUCAAAGUUAUGAAGCAAGGAAAAUCUCAUGUUUUCAAAUUAACUGCCAUAAUUGGUAGUGGGGUUUUAUGCUUUAUUCUAUUUUCAUCAUUUCUUGUCCUUUAUAGGAGGAGAAAAUCGAAAAAAGAAUCAUCUUCUACACUCCCAAAAACCAACCAACUUUUAAAUGUUUCGUACAAUGAGCUCUAUCAAACGACUAACGGAUUUUCUCCUAACAAUUUAGUUGGAUCUGGUAGUUUUGGCUCCGUAUAUAAAGGAAUUCUUGAUCAGGAAAAAAUAAUUGUUGCUGUGAAAGUGUUGAACCUUCAACAAAAAGGAGCUUCCAAGAGCUUCAUGGCUGAAUGCAAUGCAUUAAGAAAUAUACGGCAUCGGAAUCUUGUUAAGAUCUUAACUUGUUGUUCUAGCAUGGACUAUAACGGCAAUGAAUUCAAAGCUUUAGUUUUUGAAUUUAUGAAAAAUGAAAACUUAGACAAGUGGCUGCAUCAAGACAUCGACAAUGAAAAUCGGCCAAGACAUUUGAAUCUCCUUCAAAGACUAAAUAUUGCAAUUGAUGUAGCUUCUGCACUACAUUAUCUUCAUGAUCACUGUGAAACACCAAUCAUUCAUUGCGAUUUAAAGCCAAGCAAUGUCCUUCUUGAUGAUGACAUGAUUGCUAAAGUAAGUGAUUUUGGUUUGUCAAGGAUCUUCUCUACAACAAAUGAUGUUUCUCAAAAUCAAACUAGCACAGUUGGAAUAAAGGGCACUAUUGGCUAUACUGCUCCAGAGUACGGAAUGGGUGGUAAAGCAUCAACACAAGGAGAUGUCUUUAGCUAUGGAAUUUUUGUGUUGGAGAUGUUUACAGGAAAGAGACCCACUGACAAGAUGUUUAAAGAUGAUUUCACCCUUCAUAACUUUGUUAAUAUGGCAUUGCCAGAAAAUCUUGUACAAAUUGUGGACUCCAAUCUCUUCAAAAGAGAAGCAAAUGAAUUAGUAGUUACAACAGAAGAAAAUGUCUACAACUACAAUGAUCACAAUGAAAUUGAGGCAGUAGAAGAAAGAAUCCAUCAUGAGAACCAAAGCCAGAUGAAUUCUAGCGUGCAAAAAUGCCUACUUUCAGUUUUUAAGGUCAGCCUUGCUUGUUCACUAGAAUCGCCAAAAGAAAGAAUGAAUAUGGGAGAUGUCACUGCGGAACUACAUCGAAUCAAAAAUGCUUUUCUAGAGGUUGGAAUUCAUUCCUGACUGAGGAAAAUGGAGGUUUGUGAAGAAAUCAUGUUGCAGAAAAGUCUCCUUUGUUAAUGUCCCUACUGAGCAUUGGCUUGGUUGUUUGUGCGUGUAUGUAUUUUGUUGAAAUAAAUGGAGUUUAAGACAUCUUUUCUUA